UCCAUCUCAUCAUUACCGCGCCUCUCCGCCUUCUCGUGCUUGUACCUGGGAAACCCAUCAAGCGUUAUCCGAUUUGGGCUGUUUCGUCCUGUUCCCUUGCAUUUGUCUCAUCAUUUGACUAUAUCAUGGGUUCAAUUCAAGAAUCAAAAUACUCCUAUGGGAAUGCAAGCACCACAGUCUCUAUAUAGACACGAACGGGACCAAGAACGAAUAUCGAAGGUAGCAUUCAAACGCCCGCAUCUAUCGCGUUCACGGUGCAGCUCGAAAUGGACUUCGCAAACAUGGUCGAAGAUGAUAAAGACGACAGUCAUGAAUAUAUCGAAAACGCUGAACUCAAGGGAGCGGUGAAGCUAAAAGUGGACAAGCAUGGUGUUCCACUGAGCCCUCAGCCUUCGGAUAACCCAGAAGACCCCCUGAAUUGGUCUGGAUUAUACCGUACUUUCAUACUCCUUCAAGUCAGUAUCCUAUCCGCGUUAGGAUCAUACAAUACCGCUAUUAUCAACCCUGCGUAUAAUGAACUAUCUGCGGAAUUCGGUGUAUCAAUUGUUACCGCUUCAUACCAGACGACCGUCACUAUUGCAGUCAAUGGUCUUGGGCCAUUCCUUUUCAUACCCUUUGCGCAUGUCUACGGCCGUCGACCUGUUUAUCUUGUAACAACACUCAUAGGAGUUCUAUCUGCGCUGGGAUGCGCCUAUGUGCACAAUUUUGGUCAACUCGUUGGGCUUAGAGUCUUGAACGGAAUUUUCCCUGUCGGCACCGCUUUGGGAGUAGCAACGGCGAAUGAUUUGUUUUGUCUUCACGAACGUGGGAGGGCACUUGGGGUAUACACUGUCUUAUCAACCACAGGAGCCCAUUUUGCGCCGAUCCCAGGAGGCUUAAUAGGUCAAUAUCUGGGUUGGCAGUGGAUCUUCAAAUUUGCUGCCAUUACGAACGGUUUCUGCCUACUGUUCACUUUUUUCUUUCUUCCUGAAACACUUUACAUCCGCGAACAAACUGCUGGCGCAGUAGAAAACUUGAGGUCAAGUUCAGAGAACUUCUUCAGCAGAUACUUGGCGAGAAUGAACAUGGGUAAACGUUUUCCUGGACGGAGACUACGCUUGUCGGAUUUCUUUUGGCCGUACAUCAAGAUGAUUCGAUAUCCCUCAGUUGUAUUUCCCGCGAUCUACUAUGGAACACAAUACGGUCUAGGAAGUACCUUGCCAGCGGUGACAGUGUCCCACAUCUUCGCUCAAGAGUUCGGAUGGGACACUCUCCAAAUUGGGUUGGCCUAUGGCACUGCACUGUUGAUCGGGGCAUUUCUGGGAGAAACUGCUGGCGGCUGGGUUGUUGAUUCUAUCAUGAAUCGAGCGCGUAGGAAAGCGUUGACAGGGCCAUCUGCGCCUAGUGAGAUUCGGUUGAAGGCCAUAUGGACAGGAGAAAUCAUUGUACCUAUAGGACUCUUGUGGUAUGGUUUUUCCAUCCAAUUUGGAGCACCCUGGAUUGUACCGAUCCUUGGAAUGGGCGUGGCGUGCUUUGGUGUUCAAUGUAUCACCACUGUGAUGUAUACAUAUAGUGCAGAUUGUCAUUUGACCAAAUCAGCGGAAGUCGCCCAAGUCUUCAAUUUUGUACGACAGGAGAUCGGUAUGACUUUUGCAUUCUACGCAAUUGUUCUAGGAGAAGCUCUUGGAGGGUACCACUUCUUAUUCAUAUUCUUUGCUUGUGUGGGAAGCAUCCUUGCAUUCAUCCCAAUAUUGGUCCUUAUGUGGAAGGGGGAAGCUAUUCGAGCUGCGGAACGACGAAUAUUUGUUGAUUGAGGUUGUUUUGAAGCAAUUGAGAACCUUUGAGAUCUCGUAGCACUGGUCCAUAUAAUUAGUCUAUGUAGUACUUAUCCAAGUUCACAACAUGAUAUACGUCCUAGAUGGACUUCGACUAUGUAAGGCCUAAGGAGUUUAGCGUU